UGCGCAUUUCCGCGUGAUUACUAUUGGUCAGCUGACACUGAGGGAAAAUUAAAACGGACGUUAAGACACUCUCAGGGCAACAUUUGUUUUUUCAUUGCUGCUAUUUAGGUUCCACGGUUGAGGGGAGAUGGGAGAUGUACCUGAGGUUCAAGUCACGCCCGAAACACCCGGACGACCAGUAAUUCACAACCCUUUUGAAAGCCCUAAUGAUUACCAUCGUCUGCUUGAGCCCGUUGUUGCCAGUCCCUCAAUGUUUAAGUCUUCAAAAUGUCCAUCAGCCACACCUGCCAAGUUUAAAUGGUCCAUAGAUGAAAUGGCAAGUUUGCUGCCUGUUGAAAUUGAUCCUGAAGACAUUCAACGUCAAUCCCUGUUCUUAAGUCGAACCAGGACUGAUAAAGUGAUUGAGGAAAAAAGACAAUAUGCGAUCGAGCAGUUUUUCACAAAGAAAACAAUCGUUCCCUCACCUUGGAGUGAAGUAGAAGAUAAGGGGCCAUCACAGAUGCAGUAUGAAAUCAAUUCAAUUUCCCCAAGGAUUUCUGAAGAAAAUUGUCCUGAGGGGAAAUGCAAUGCUACCUGCCAAACUGUACUAUCUUUACCUGUUGAUUUCAAUCUUCAAAGAAUAUUAGGAGAUCACUACAAAAUGGAAGAGGUUUCAGAGCAAGCUCAGGAGAGCUUAAGUUCUUCUUCCCUGCGACGAAAGCUCUUUCUUGAUGGGAAUGGGAGUGGAUCAGAGUCAUCUGCACCCUCCAGUCCAGAGCAAAGCCCCCAAAACAGAUUUCAUGGAAAAAGUGGCCCAUUGGGUUCUGUUAAUGUCUCGCCGCUGCACUGUGGAGUCGCAGCCUUAACACCAUCAUCUGGGCAGUUCUCAUCAAGUCCAAUCAAAGGCAGGUGCAGAAAUUACAGCUUGGGCAGUGUGACCAGUCCUACGCUUCCUGAAAAUUCAUCCCCUAGUUUUAAGUCUCCCAUGUUGUCCCCCAUUGUUCUCCAGUAUGUGAAAACUCCAUUGUCGGGUGAGAGGAAGAAGUUAAGCUUCACAACCCCAGACAGAAUUGCUCUGGGAAGCCCCAACACUAAUAAUUGUACCGUGAGUCCUUUUGUUGAGGGAUGCUCUCCCAUUAAAAGCUGUUCUCCAGUUCAACGCCGAGGCGGUGCCUGGGUGCGGCCUCAAUACAGGACCUCCCCAUUACAGAUGUCACCUACUGUUGAUAAGGAAUGCAUUCACCCUGACUGCACUUUGCCCACAACUGAGCUAGAUCUGAGCUCAGCCCCUAUGCCCUCCCACUCAGGAAGAUAUAAAGCAGCCUUGCAUGACAUAAUUGAACUUGAUGACAGUAAUGUAGCAGUCCCAAAACUAAUGCAAGUGGAAAAAGGGGAUAAUAACUCAGUGAAUAUGGAGGGACCUGCUGAAAAUCAGGAAGAUUAUAGCGCCUGGUCAAGGGACGAGGUGGACAGCAGCCCUAUGCGGUUAACCAGCUCUAGGACGGGAAGCAUGACUAACAUGGAGAACUCUAAUAUGUUUGUCUCCAUGUUGGCUGAAGGGAGCACCAUGCCCUAUGACAGCAGUAUUCAGGUGGACAGCGGUUACAAUACAUAUUCAGUUGCUCCAAACAGCAUAACGGAUGGGGGUAGUUCUGACAGUCAGACAAAGGAAUCACCCGAUGCACAUGUAUCAGAAGAAGCUGUUUUAUUCACUAAAAAGUCAAAGGUAAUGAGCUGCCAUUUCAUGCAGUUUGAUCUUUCUCAUAAUGCAUCAUCACACUGAGGUGCCAUUCGAUGUAUGUGCCACAGCCAUUAAACUUAAAUCUUCCAUUGAAACCACAAAUUCACAAUUGUGGUAUCUUUAUUUUGACAGAUGUUUAAUGUGCACCACUGAUAAUGAAGUCGAAGCUGCCCACAUCACGUCCGGGUUGUUGCUCGACAUGAAAUCACAGACUGACUUUAAUGACACUCAUGCAAAUGUGAAUUACUAUGACUUGUAUAGUGUUCCUUAUUUGCACAAGCUUGUUCUCCUCCAAACUUACUGGUAGUGGUGGGAAAAUGAGAUUUGGUCCCUUGAAUAGUCACUAGCCCACCUCCCAGUACCUGCUUGAUUGUGAUUGCCAAGAAUCUCACCCAAUGUUUGUUUCAAUUAUUCCAUCUGUAUGGAUGUGAUUUAAAGAUUUUUUUUAUUUUUAAUUAUGAACCUGUUGUUCAAUGAAAUUACGAUUCCAGUUAAAAACUUGAAUUCUUUACUAAGAAUCUAAUUUGUACAUUUUUAAAUGCUCCUGUUCUUGGACCACUAAUUACAACAUAUAUAUUUUAAUCAGUGUCAUUUUAUUAAAUCGAAUGAAAUAAAGCAUUCUGACACUGGAGAAACACUGUGAAACGUCACUUUUGUCCUCCCCUUUUGGUAAAAAUCUUUUCAACAGUUUCGUAACAAUCGAAAUGUAUUCAGUAUGUACAUUUGUUACUGCUACACUUACCGCUAUCGAAUAAAUGUUUUACGGUUA